AUGCCACAAACAGCAAAUUAUCUGGCCUUUGAUGUUAUUGCUAGCUUCGCCUUUGGUGAGCACUUUGGCUUCAUUGAGAAAGGUGAAGACGAAUAUGGCCUCAUCAAGAUCAUCGACACCCGCGGCGAAUUUAUGAACGCCCUUGGAUCCCUUUCGCCUUUCCUGAGAUUUGUGAUGAGGUACAAUCCCUUUGAUUCAUUCUGGAAAAAUGGAUUCCGGGCAUCAGCAGGCCUUGCAAAGAUUGGAAAGGAAGCAUUCGAGAAGCGAAAAUCCUCAGAUGAUAAUAGCCGAAAAGACUUACUAAGCUUCCUCUUCAAUGCGAAAGAUCCGGAUUCAAAGCAACCAAUCCCAGAAGAAGAAAUCAUUGCCGAGUCGAUCAGCUUUAUCGUUGGCGGAAGCGAUACAACGAGUAGCACCAUGACCAACUUUAUUGACUUUCUGGCUCGUGAUGAGGACUUGCAACGACGGAUCCAACAAGAGAUCGACAUGAUAUUCCCAGGCGAGCCUUCCGAUGACUGGGUGCCAAGUGAGAAGAAGUUGAACAACCUGUCUUUAUUGCUUGCAACUUUGAGGGAAGUCAUGCGCCUUCGACCAACCAGUGCUACUGGAUUAGAACGAGUGACGCCACAAGGUGGAAAGACCAUAGCUGGACAGUUCAUACCAGCAGAGUGUCCCAACCUUGGGCAUCAUGAUGGAUCCGCGGAUCUUCGAAUCACCUGA